AUGACGUCGCAAUACGUCACGGAGCCGCCUACAUCCGGCCUGGUCGAGCUGAUCACCUCCAAGGGUCCCAUCACCAUCGAGCUCUUCGCACGCGAGACUCCACAAGCAUGUCGCAACUUCCUCACUCUCGCGCUCGAGGGGUUUUACGACAACCUCGUCUUCCACCGCCUCAUUCCGGGAUUCAUGAUUCAGUCCGGCGAUCCAUCCGGCACCGGCGCGGGCGGAGAGAGCAUGUAUGGAGAGCCGUUCCCAAUCGAACCGCAUUCGAGGUUGAAGUUCAACCGCAGAGGACUGCUCGCCAUGGCUGCGGGAGAGGAUCGGACGAACGAGAGCCAGUUUUUCUUGACGCUGGACGCGACACCGGAGCUACAGGGGAAGCAUACGUUGAUGGGGCGGGUGGUGGGAAAGACUAUCUACAAUCUCAUGGAGCUAGCGCAGGGCGUGGAGAUGGAGAAGGACAGCGAUAGACCGAGGUACCCGCCCAAGUUGAAGGAGGUCAGGGUGGUGGAGAAUCCGUUUGACGAUCUCAAGCCGCGCAUGACGAGGGAGCAGAGAAGGGACGAGGAGCGGAGGAGAAAAGAAGAAAAGGAAAGAACAAGGGUAGAGGAGGAGAAGAGAAAGAGGGGGAAGGUCAAGAAGAAUACGGGCCUACUGUCGUUUGGUGCGGAGGAGGAGGAGGGUGAGAUGGCUGGGAUGGUGCUCAAAGGGCCGAAGAGCUCGCAUGAUCUAUUGAAAGACGACAGAAGAUUGGCGAAGCAACCGAUGGAGACGAGCAAGAAGAGCAGCAAGACGAAACACAGCAAGGUUCAGGAGGCGGACGCUGCACCGGACGCCGUAGCUUCGUCGUCCUCGUCUGCCAUCCCUCUGGCCACGACACCGGCGACCAACGGCACAUCAGAAGCAGACAAACCGAAAGGGAAGGCCCGCUCUGAUCGAGACACGAAGAGCAGCAGCAGAACCAACAACCGCGCCCACGCAUCCUCCUCGGCGGGACGAGACUUCCUUUCGGCAGAACGGGCCAAGUACCUGUCCUCGAAAUCAUCCUCGUCCAAAGAAGACAAGUCAUAUUCGGCGCUGCUUUCGUUCCAAUCUCGUCUUCGCACUUCUGACAAAUCUUCCUCCUCCUUUGCGACCAAAGCCUCUACCGUCGAAGAUGAAGAGGAUGAAGAGGAAGCUAGGGAAUACGGCGCAAGCGAUGACGAUGACGACUGGCGAAAUCACCGCUUGGACGCAGGAGGUGCGCCUCUGGUCAGUGGCAGGGCGGAUAAGGUGGACGACUAUGAGGUGCUGGACCCUCGAGAGCACGGUCGAAAGGACACGAGGGAGGCAAGAAAGGACGGCAAGAGAGGCAGGGACUGGGUGGAGGAUGAAAGAAGGUACAAAGAUCAUCGGUCAAGUCGCGGGUCGGAAAGGCGCACGGACGAUGGAAGACGAGGAGGAGCCUCAUCCCCCCGCCAUCAUCGUGACGAGAGGAGAAACGGCAGAUAUGCAGACAGGGAUUAUGAUCGCCGUCGAUGA